AACUGCUGCACCUGUGCGCCGCUGGUCCUGGUUGCAGGUGUGGGGCAGGAAGGAGCUGCAGUUUUGGCGCUUGGUAGCUGGUGUACCCCACUCAGCAGCUCCGACUGGCUUCGUGUCCCCGAUCCUGACUAGAAAAAAAAAACUCUUUCGGCCCUCGGACUUCUGUAACUUCCAGAGAGAUACUAUUUUUCCGUGGUCUCCAACCUUGACCCCUGCAGAGGCUGAGCAAUGGCGUCCAUGGGACUCCAGGUGCUGGGCAUCGCCUUGGCGGUCCUGGGCUGGCUGGGCGCGAUCCUGAGCUGCGCGCUCCCCAUGUGGCGGGUGACGGCCUUCAUCGGCAGCAACAUCGUCACGGCGCAGACCAGCUGGGAGGGCCUGUGGAUGAACUGCGUGGUGCAGAGCACCGGGCAGAUGCAGUGCAAGGUGUACGACUCGCUGCUGGCCCUGCCGCAGGACCUGCAGGCCGCCCGAGCCCUCAUCGUCGUCUGCAUCAUCGUGGCCGCGCUGGGGAUGCUGCUCUCGGUGGUAGGGGGCAAAUGUACCAACUGCAUGGAAGACGAGACCGUCAAGGCCAAGACCAUGAUCGGAGCCGGCGUCGUGUUCAUCAUCGCAGCCUUGCUGGCUAUGGUGCCCAUCUCCUGGACCGCACACAACGUCAUCCGCGACUUCUACAAUCCCCUGGUCGUUGCCGGGCAGAAAAGAGAGAUGGGGGCCGCGCUUUACAUCGGCUGGGCGGCUUCUGGGCUGCUGCUUCUGGGAGGAGGCCUUCUCUGCUGCAACUGCCCACCUCGCAGCAACGAGAAGCCGUACUCCGCCAAGUACUCCGCCGCCCGCUCUGUCCCCGCCAGCAACUAUGUGUAAGGUGGGCCGCUCUGCUAGGACCCCAUUGCCUUUGUUAUUUUUCUUGGAUUGAGUUCACAACAGCCUGUGAUCCCCUUGACUUCUCUCGGGACCUGCCCUGCUAUGGGCCACUAACGGCUGGGGGGACAGCAAGCCCGGAUUGUGCUAAGUUACUGGCUAAAGGAGCCCUUGCGGGGAACCAUCUGCCCCACUUGAACACAUCUCAAGGCUCCUUUCUCCGGCAAGGAUGGAUGUAAAAAUGUUUCCUUGCUGCUUACAUCCAAAUUGCUCAUGGAUACAGGGCUAAAGGCAGGAGCUGCUGGGUACCGCAGUGGAGGCGGGAGCUGGGUCCUGCUGGCCAGGCUAGCUCCGCUCUGACUUGGGGCUCUCCAGUGGGUGUCCUGCUCAUGUUAGCACCUCCACUGACCCUUUUCUAUCCUCCUCACGCUCUCUGCCCCACAUCUGUUACUCCAGCGCCACUCUUGCCAUUAUGCUCCGUGUUUCUCAGCAUACCUGGUCCUGCCUGGAGUCUUGGUGUGACUGGAUGACUGUGACUGAGGGGGGCAUUGGGAACCCGAUGGGAUGGGUUCUGCCGAGGAACGCCAGUGACUGACAAUGAUUGGGGCCUUACCCACCCACCCACCUACCCGCGUAAUGGAGUUCUGUGGAGUGGAUGGACGGGUUUGAGGGAAGGGUGGAGGUGGAUUAAACUGGUUUGGGGAGUGCUGGUGUGUGCUGGGGACCUAGAAGCAGCCCAGACUGUCCCCACCCCUUUCUAGUACUAUCUUGCUAAAUGCCCUGCCCCCCCCUCCCUGCUCAGAAGUACCCUGAGCAUCCUGAGCCGGCCCCUCUCAAUUCCCUACCCUUGUCCAUUUCAAGGAUGCUGGCCAGUCUGCCGAAGGUAUGGGGGCAGUGGGGACAAUGGCGUUGCAACAGGGACUCUCCCGGGACGCCCCUGCCUUCUCAGUGGUUUCUUGUUUUGUAAUUUAAGGUCUAUUCACAGCUGUAAUUAUUAUUGUUUUCUACAAUAAAUGGCACCUAUGUACAGAAAA